AUGGAUGUUCGUCCUUUUAGUUUAGCCUAUGGAACACUUCUUGUGCUUGUUCCUGUGCUGCUGCUUUGUUCAACACUAGUGAAGGCUCAGUCGACAAUGGAUUUAUGUUCAACUGUGUACGAGGAAUUUAGCCUUUGCCUCGCUUUUGUAGCAAACCUAGAUCCUUUUAUAAGGCAGGAUUGUUGUGAUGCCAUAACAAGAAUAAACUCUUUAGCACGACGAGAGCGUAGUGCUCCCCGGAGGAUAUGUCAAUGCAUUAAGGACAUAUCUUAUUGGACCGGAGUUCGUUACAAUUUCCUUCGAAUUUCAGAGAUUCCGUAUUCAUGCUCGCUCCAUCUUAGUUUUCCCAUUUCUGAUAGCAUGGAUUGCUCCAAGAUUUGA